UUGUUGACAAAUUCUCGAAAGUUCUAGAUGGUUCAAGUCGAUACUGACAUAACGUCUGAAAACCCGAGUGGAAGGAAACAGUUUCGUAGUUCGUACACGGAGGCUGAGGAGGUGUUUUGUUUAGCGUUUGGCAUUCGCAUUCAGAAUAGAACACCAAGGAACAGACUUGCAAAAUGGGAAAAGAUUACUACGCCAGUCUGGGUAUCAGUCGCAAUGCGACGGUAGACGAUAUUAAAAAAGCGUACCGUAAAAUGGCUCUCAGGUUCCAUCCAGACAAAAACAAGAGUGCAGGCGCUGAAGAAAAGUUCAAGGACAUUGCAGAAGCGUAUGAAGUUUUGAGUGACAAAACAAAGCGAGACGUGUACGACAAGUAUGGAUCAGAAGGUCUGGAGAGAGGCGUUCCUGACGGAAGACCGGGUGGUGGUUUCACGUCGUACACCUACGGCAGAGAUCCGCGCUCGACCUUCCAGGGAUUCUUUGGCGGAAUCGAUCCGUUUGCACAGUUUUUUAGCAGUGCUGGUCCAGGCCAUCAGCAGCAGCAGCAAUGCUUUAGUAGCUUCUCACCAGAGGGAGUACAGAGUAACGUCUUCUCACCAGGUGGCAUGCAAGGUGGUUUCUUCACAACAGAAGACAUGCAGUGGGAGCCUUAUAUGGAAUACACGGGCCCCAAACCGAAAGUAAUGAAGACAGAUAAACCCGUCAGCUAUGACCUCCAGGUCGACCUUGAGGACAUUCUGAGAGGCACCACAAAGAAAAUGAAAAUUACUCGCCAAGUGCUAAUACCAAACACCGCACAGACUCGACCAGAAGAAAAAGUGCUCACAAUAUCGAUCAAGCCGGGCUGGAAGGCAGGAACGAAAGUUACCUUUACCAGAGAGGGCGACCAACGUCCCAAUACCAUUCCGGCUGAUGUGGUGUUUGUCAUAAGGGAUAAACCGCACCCAGUGUUCUCAAGGAACGGCAGCGAUUUGCAUUACGUGGCAAAGCUUGGACUAAAAGAGGCACUCUGUGGAGGUGUAUUGCACAUUCCAACAUUGGAAGGUCCACAGGUGACUAUACGUUUGACAGAAGUAGUCCAGCCGAACUCUGUCAAGCGCAUCGAGGGUAAAGGCUUGCCGUACUCGAAAGUAGCCGGUCGCCGCGGUGAUCUUGUUGUCAAGUUUGAUGUCAAGUUUCCCGAUUCACUGCCUCCGAUGGUCAAGGAUAUACUUAGAGAUUGCAUUCCACCAGUCCUAUGUGAAUAGUUGCGCAUCUAUGAUUACAAUUGCAAAGUUGAAACUCAAGUAAUAUGCUAUUAUCACAGAGUUGCUAAUUUGGGAAUGCAUGUAGAAUAGUUGGUCACUCACAGGUCAUCCUAGUUGGAUUGUAAAUAAUAGUCACUAUGAUAUAUAUAUAUAUAUAUAUGAUAUAUAAUAAAUAUGUAUUGCUUGUGUAGAUGUGUGAGUGUUCGGUCUGAAUGGUUCUUUGAAUUUUUCAGCUGUGUGAAGGAGCAGGUAUUGGUGUAGUGUUUGACCAAGAUGCUCACAGAGUCAGUAAAUUUGCCAAGUGUAAUUCACUUAUAUAUCAUAUGGUGUGCUGAAGUUGUUAAAUAUCUCGAGAAAUUAUAAUUAUGUGAAAUUUUUAAUCUUGCAAAAAACAUGUAUAUAACAGUACUGUAUAUAAAGUUAUGCAUUUAUUGAUUCAAUAAAAUGUUGUAGAGGUAAUGACAGUG